AUGACUCGCCAAGAGUUGGGUCCUUUACACCUCCUUUCUGGUCCAUCAGGCCCCCGUGAUCUUAGGAUUCCGCUUGAUGCUACUGUAUCUCAAGCAGUAACCAACGACCACUGGAAUCUCCCUUCGGCUCGCUCUGAGUAUGCAAUCACUCUUCAGAUUAUUCUCUCUACCUUGCCGGUUCCAUCUGCAACCUAUGGCUGCGAUACAUACUUGUGGAGAACGAGUUCUGGCGCUUUUGGAAACUCAUUCUCAUCUAAGGUAACUUGGGAGAGGAUGCGUGUUCCAAUUCCCCUAGUUCAGUGGCAUUCAGUGGCAUGGUUCAGAGAGGAAAUUACUCGCUGUUCGUUUAUCGCUUGGACAGCCUUCCUUCGUAGGCUCCCAACGCGUGAUCGGUUGAUAUCUUGGGGUUUGAAUAUCCAACCAGGUUGUGUUCUCUGCUCUGUAGCUGAUGAGUUUUUGGCGACUCCUCCGGCUACACUUGAUGCGGUCGUGGUCCUUUGCCAGCACUUCCCUGGUCCUCAUGCCCGGCGAGCGGUUGCGGUGAUGAAGCUCCUAAAUCAAGUCAUCAUUUACAACAUCUGGCGCGAGCGUAAUGCCAGGGUUUUUACCGGUGUGUCUUCAACUCAAGAGGCUGUGUUCCGAGUGGUGGAUCGUACUGUGCGAGAUAGACUUCUGGCUCUUUCAAGACCCACUGUCUCUGCUCCUCCCCCAUCUUUGCUUGAGUUGUACUUUUGGUUUAUCUCCCCAUAUAGUUAA